AUGAAUAUUCGCUGUGCACGUCCUAGUGAUUUGAUGAAUAUGCAGCAUUGUAAUUUAUUAUGCCUGCCUGAAAACUAUCAAAUGAAAUACUAUUUUUAUCAUGGCUUGUCAUGGCCUCAGCUUAGUUAUGUUGCAGAAGAUGAAAAAGGUCACAUAGUGGGAUAUGUUCUUGCUAAAAUGGAGGAAGAUGGUGAGGACAAUAGACAUGGUCAUAUCACUUCUCUUGCGGUAAAGAGAUCUCACAGACGUCUUGGGCUUGCACAAAAACUUAUGAAUCAAGCUUCAUUAGCAAUGGUCGAAUGCUUUCAGGCGAAAUAUGUGUCAUUGCAUGUAAGGAAAAGCAAUAGAGCUGCAUUAAAUCUGUAUACCAACUCUCUUGGCUUUAAAAUCUUAGAAAUUGAGCCGAAAUAUUAUGCCGAUGGUGAAGAUGCCUAUUCUAUGAUGCGAGACCUUAGUGCUUUCUCAGCAGAAAAAUCAGAUAAUCAGCCAACAGAAAGCUUAGAAAUUAAAUCAGAAUCAGCUAUUGUAUCGCAAUGU